AUGCCCCGAAAGUCAAAAAAUAAUUCCGUGCAUUCUCUCAAAAAGGAAUUAAAGAAUUCGCGAGAACAAAUUAAAGAGCGAAAAUUUCUUUCUGAAGAAACCUUGCAGAAAAAGUUUAUAUAUGAAACUACAAUAUCACGACUUAAAGAUGAAAAUAAAUUAUUGAGAUUAAGGGAAGAAGCUUCAAGAUCAAAGGAAGAAGCUUUAAUAAUUGAAAAUAGGGAGCUACGUAAAUGGAAAAAUUUUGUUGUUCCUGUUGAUCCUAAUUUUUCUCAUUUUAAAAGAGCAUCUUUCGAGAAAUAUUACUGUUUUUUAACAAUCUGGAAUAAUAAGACUAUUACUGAAAAAGACAUAAUCGAUCUAGAAAGUUCAAGGUCAAACAUAUACAAAAAAAAUUUACUGCAAGAUCUAUGGGAAAAGAUUCAUACAUUUUUGGUCUGCAACUCUGAUUUAGAAACACCUAUAGCAACUAAAAUUGAGAAUAUUAACCUUGCAUCUUCAAAAAAUGUUGAAAUUAAAAGACUCGAUGACUUUAUAAGUUUUAUGAAAAAAAACAUAAAAACUGACACUGAAAGUGAAAUUGAAAAGUGUUGCAACAUGUGGUUUAAAGAAACAUACAAUCUUAUGAUUAAUACCGAAUACACUAAAGAUUGA